GGACCCAGGUGCUUUGCCCAUCCCCUCUGCCAUGUGGGAACUGCGGUCUGCCUCCUUCUGGAGGGCCAUAUUUGCCGAGUUCUUUGCUACCCUCUUCUACGUCUUCUUUGGGCUAGGGGCCUCACUACGUUGGACCCCUGGACCCCUGCAUGUCCUGCAGGUGGCCCUGGCUUUUGGUCUGGCCCUGGCUACACUGGUGCAAGCAGUGGGCCACAUUAGUGGAGCCCAUGUCAAUCCUGCAGUCACUUUUGCCUUCCUUGUGGGCUCCCAGAUGUCCCUGCUCCGCGCCUUCUGCUAUAUGGCAGCCCAACUCCUGGGAGCCGUGGCUGGGGCCGCUGUACUGUAUAGUGUCACCCCGCCUGCUGUCCGAGGAAACCUAGCGCUCAACACGUUGCACCCUGGGGUGAGUGUGGGCCAGGCCACCACAGUGGAGAUCUUCCUGACGCUCCAGUUCGUGCUUUGCAUCUUUGCCACAUACGACGAGAGGCGAAAUGGUCGCCUGGGCUCCGUGGCCCUGGCCGUUGGCUUCUCCCUCACUCUGGGGCACCUCUUUGGGAUGUAUUAUACUGGUGCAGGCAUGAAUCCUGCCCGUUCCUUUGCUCCUGCCAUUCUCACCAGGAACUUCACCAACCACUGGGUGUACUGGGUGGGCCCGAUCAUUGGAGGGGGUCUGGGCAGCCUUCUCUACGACUUUCUUCUCUUCCCCCGGCUCAAGAGUGUUUCUGAGAGACUGUCUAUCCUCAAGGGUGUCAGACCCAGUGACUCCAAUGGACAACCAGAGGGCACAGGGGAACCUGUUGAACUGAAGACCCAGGCUCUGUAAAAGCUCCAGAUGGAGUGAGGGAGUAGAAAGCUUCUGGGUUUCUGUGGAGGGGCUGAGACAGCCCCUAGAUGAAGAAAAAAACUGUGGGGAGGGGCAUGUACUUCUUUAUUUUUUAACUUAUGUGUGUGUGUGUGUGUGUGUGUUUUUUUUUUUCUUUUGCUGUGUGAAAUCUUUCAAGUUGCAUUCAUGAGCUGGUUGGUACAAACUUCCCUUCCUCCCCAUCCCACUUCCCUUCGCCGUGUGUGCAUGAUUGUGUGUAUGAAUGUAGGUGAGUGUGGCUGUGUCUGAGUUUUGGGGCAUGAGAGCUAGGUAAGGAAAAAGGUGUCAACGUAUAUGUCCUUCCCCCCAGCCUGGUGUGAUGAGUUCAGGGAACCGACCUUAAUUUCUGGCCUUUACCCUGCUUGCAGUCAAAUGUAUGGCUCUUGAUUUCUGAGGGAACAGGUAAGCAGAGAGAUUACUCCUCCCAGAGACAGAUGUAGAAAGUAGACAGGGUAUUCCAAGGGUUGGGAGAAAGGACUCAAGGUAGGUGGGUAGGAGAGGAAAUGGAGGUAUUAGCCCCAGAUCACUAUGCAAGUUUACCUAAAAGUUUUAAUGAAGAUAAUAGGAGAAUGUAGCUUACUUAUCUCACGGAUGCUUGCCCCAGGGACUUGGGUGAGGAAGUAGCUCUGAGAAAAGUGAACACUGGGACUUGGGCUGUUCUGUAAAACCACAUAAACCUGUCUACAUUCACUGGCUGGGUUGUGUGUUCAUUCUGGCAUAAUGGAUCUCCUUGGAGGUCCUGGGCCAGGGAGCUCCCAACCUAAAUAGCAGGUGGGCGAGCCUAGAAUCUAGAAAAAUUAGGCAGCUUAAGGAGUCCAUUUGACAUGCCCUGGCAGAUGGAACUUAAGCCCCAAAAUUAUUUCCUAAAGGCAAAACAGGAAAUUUUAUGCCUGGAAAAACAUAGGGGAAGGAGUCUGUGACAAGAAGGGAGAGGCUUUGACUUUCGGAGAUUUAGCUUAUUCAAAACAAAUCAAAACACUGUCCAAAUGGAAUCUUUCAGCUUUUAUCACUACUAGCUCCAUAGUCUUUUUUUCUUUUUGUACGUAUCUUUUAACUUUUCUCUCAUCUGUCCUUUCAUCUCAUAGCUAACCCUCCCUCAUAACCCAGAAACUCAUUCCUUGUAUUCAAAUGAGUAAUACUUCAGGAGAUAACCUUUCUUUUCAGCCCCAUCUUCUUUCAAUUCAUUGGCAAAAUACACUGUAUCAGCAGAGGCUGGAAGAGAUCCUCAACUGAAUAAUGAAUAUUUAUUGUUGAUUUCUUCCUUUUAUAAGCCUCUUGCAUACUUGUUAGACUUAUGCCUACAGUAUGACAGUCAACUUUAAUUUCGGCGAGUACCUCCACUUCCUCCCAAAUAAAAUGUAACUUUUCCAACUAACCCUGAUGGAUUUUGGAAUAGUCCAUUGACCCGAAGGGGAAAAUGUGAAUUUAUCUCUAAUCUGAGCUUGGUUAUUAUUAUAAUUCAGCAGACUAUUCAUAGCGUUGUGACUUUUAGGUCAAUGUAGGGAACAUAUUCGGAUAAAACAGUCCUUUUACUCGC